GUGAUGCUACACCCAGAACCAUCCUGAGUGCAGGCCCUUCUUGUCUCCUCUCCUCGGCCUCUACUGAACACACUGAGGGGCAGGAACUUUGACCGGUUCUCCACAGAGCUAGUUAGCAGCCCUGCUAGCUCGUUUUCUGUCUUAUUUUCAUAUAUUUGUGUGUCGUUUCACAUGCAGAGAGAUGUGGUUUAUUUAUUUACUCAGCUGGCUGUCGCUAAUCAUCCAGAUAUCCUUCGUCACUCUAGCAAUAGCUGCUGGCCUGUACUACUUGGCCGAACUAAUAGAGGAAUACACAGUAGCCACCAGUCGAAUAAUAAAGUACAUGAUAAUGUUCUCGACAGGCAUGCUGGCAGGUCUCUAUCUCUUUGAAGGUUUCCCAGUGUUGAUGGUGGGAGUCGGCCUCUUCACCAACCUGGUGUACUUCGGCCUCCUGCAGACUUUCCCCUACAUACUGCUGAGCUCCCCAAACUUCAUCCUCUCUUGUGUGUUGGUAGUGGUGAACCAUUAUAUGGCCUUCCAGUACUUUGCACAAGAGUAUUAUCCAUUCUCAGAGGUGCUGGCGUACUUCACCAUCUGCCUGUGGGUGAUCCCCUUCGCCUUCUUUGUGUCACUGUCAGCGGGGGAAAACGUGCUUCCGUCCACCAUGCAACAAGGAGAUGAUGUGGUGUCUAAUUACUUCACCAAGGGCAAGAGAGGAAAGAGGUCCGGGAUCCUCCUCGUGUUCUCUUUCCUCAAGGAGGCAGUGCUGCCCAGCCGACAGAAAAUGUACUGAGGAGCUCGGACUCGGGGUGAAACCUUGGGGGUCAGGGUGUGUGUGAGUGAGUGUAUGUGUUGGAGAUUAAGGGGAAGCAGGAAAGACUUUGGAAAUUUGUUUCUGGAUGGGACUUAAAAACGAAAACAGUGUCCAAAGUGGAAGAGGACGCACACUAAGAGGACGGACCAAUGAACGGAGCAGAGCUUCCUGCUGGACGAGUUUACACAGGCCACGUUCGUCUCUUUGUUUUUCUGUCUGUUUGUACUGACUGCCAACGACUUCUACUAGAGACCUCUUUGUCGGGGGUCUUAUCCGUAGCGCAACGCUUUCUUAUCGUCAUGUUGGACUCCUCCAUUUUUUAAGCUUUGGUAUUCAAAUGUGUAUGAAACUAACAACUGACAAAUACAUGUACGUUUUGACUUUGGCAGAUAAAUCAUCAGUUUUCUUCUUGAGAUGCUGUCAUUUGUGUGUUGUAGGUCUCACACUUGAUCUGAUUCAGUACACACAAAGUAGCUUUGAAGACAGGUUAGGAGACGAAAUACAACUAGUGAAAACUUUGUCUCCUCAGAUGAAGAAGGUUGGAGAUAAGUGAAACAGCUUAAAGGUACUUUCUGGCUAAAUCGUGAUGUCCAAGCUUAGAUUUUGGUGUGAGGAUUUCCGGCAAAGUUGCAGGAAAAAUGCCAUAGAAAUGCUUAUUACGAUUACUUAAAAUCAGAAAGCGCAGUCUGAAGUUAAAUUGAAACACUCUUAAAUUAAAGUGAGCUACUAUGGGUAUCUCCCAGUCUGGAUCAUCUACAUGUGGACACAAAAACGAUGCACUACGUUGACUUUUUUUCUUGCAUCUACAGAGUCAUUAAUCACCAGCGUUGUAGUCUGCCUGUCUUUUUUGGACUGUUUUUAAAAAAUUCACAGUAAUAACAAACCGAUUUUUGUACACUGAUCACGUCAGACGACUAAUGAAAACUUGUGAAGAUCGAACCUGUGCAAUGACUCUGGUGUGUCGGGGACAAAAGCCGCUCAAAGCGGUUUGAUGAAAGUGCUAUUAAAGAGGGGCGAAAUUCUUUUUACCAAUUACGGAGUGCGAUUCAUUGUAGGCUGGUAUGCACACAAAUGUAUAAUAAAAGAUUUUGUUGAAAUAA